AUGAAGCUUUCUCUUGUCUUCACCGUGCUCGCAUCCAUCGUUGUUCUUGCUACAGCGUACCCCACACAAGGAGCCGCUGGCAUCGCGAAACGUUCCAAUGUCGAGAAGCGUGACUCGGAGGGGAUUGACGUCAAUGACGAAGACUAUCAGUUCACCAGUUACAAGAAGCGCGAACUUGGGGUCGACGACUCCGACUAUCAGUUCGUCGACUACAGGAAGAGGGACGAAGGGAAGCGCAGCUCGGAGGAACUUGGGGUCGAUGACUCCGACUAUCAGUUCCUCAACUACAAGAAGAGGGACGAAGGGAAGCGUAGCUCGGAGGAACUUGGGGUCGAUGACUCCGACUAUCAGUUCCUCAACUACAGGAAGAGGGACGAAGGGAAGCGCAGCUCGGAGGAGCUUGGGGUCGAUGACUCCGACUAUCAGUUCCUCAACUACAGGAAGAGGGAUGAAGGGAAGCGCAGCUCGGAGGAACUUGGGAUCGAUGACAUCGGCUAUAAUUUCCUCAACUACAGGAAGAGGGACGAAGGGAAGCGCAGCUCGGAAGAACUUGGAGUCGAUGACUCCGACUAUCAGUUCCUCAACUACAGGAAGAGGGACGAAGAGAAGCGCAGCUCUGAAGAACUUGGGGUUAAUGACUCCGGCUAUGAGUUCCUCAACUACAGGAAGAGGGACGAAGGGAAGCGCAGCUCAGAGCAACUUGGGGUCAAUGACACCAGCUAUGAGUUCCUCAACUACAGGAAGAGGGACGAAGGGAAGCGCAGCUCAGGGGAACUUGGGGUCAAUGACACCAGCUAUGAGUUCCUCAACUACAGGAAGAGAGACGAAGGGAAGCGUAGCUCAGAGCAACUUGGGGUCAAUGACACCAGCUAUGUGUUCAGCAACUACUGAACUUGACGCCAGGUUCUGUACAGGUCUGGCAUCGCCGCAGCCUUGCCCACAAGUUACUGCCCUGUAGAUCUAUAUAUCUUGACUCUCUUAUCUGAUUGCUUGGUUUCUGACAUGUUGCGUACCUAU